CGUGUGUGCACUCGGUGGGGUUGGGAGAACUGCCCGGAGCCAGGCUGAGGUUCCUAAACUAACGGCGCUGCUGUUCUCUUCCCCUGCAGAUUUCCCCGCUUGUGUGCUUGGCUGCAGCCCAGCAGCAGGAGGGCGGGAGCCAGCCAGUCAGCCUGGGCGGGCGGGUUGGUCUCUCUGCCCGCUCAUUACCUCCAGGAGUAGGCGGAGCGGCGGCGACCUAAGCAUGAACGCGCAGGCGCGGGGCCAGCCUGCUCGCGGUGACUGGAGCAGCGGCAGCCCCAGAGAGCAAAGCGCCGGUUCGCAGCCGCGGAGGCAGGAGCAGCAACCCCGUCCCUUGGGCCGUAGCGACGCUGAGCCGGACCCCGCAGCCAUGCCGGUGACCGAGAAAGACCUGGCGGAGGAUGCGCCUUGGAAGCGGAUCCAGCAGAACACCUUCACGCGCUGGUGCAACGAGCACCUCCGCUGCGUGAACAAGCGCAUCGGCAACCUGCAGUUCGACCUGAGCGACGGGCUGCGGCUCAUCGCCCUGCUGGAGGUGCUCAGCCAGAAGCGCAUGUACCGCAAGUACCACCAGAGACCCACCUUCCGACAGAUGCAGCUGGAGAACGUCUCGGUAGCGCUCGAGUUCCUGGAGAAGGAGAACAUCAAGCUGGUCUCCAUCGAUAGUAAAGCUAUUGUUGAUGGAAAUUUGAAGCUAAUCCUAGGACUGGUAUGGACCCUUAUUCUCCACUACUCCAUCUCUAUGCCCGUGUGGGAAGAUGAAGGAGAUGAUGAUGCCAAGAAACAGACUCCUAAGCAGAGACUCUUGGGAUGGAUUCAGAACAAAAUCCCAUACUUGCCAAUAACAAACUUCAACCAAAACUGGCAGGAUGGCAAAGCACUGGGUGCCCUUGUUGAUAGUUGUGCUCCAGGUCUCUGCCCAGACUGGGAAACCUGGGAUCCGAAGAAGCCUGUCGAUAAUGCUCGUGAAGCCAUGCAGCAAGCAGAUGACUGGCUGGGUGUCCCUCAGGUCAUCGCUCCUGAAGAAAUCAUUCAUCCAAAUGUGGAUGAGCACUCUGUAAUGACCUACCUGUCACAGUUCCCAAAAGCAAAGCUGAAACCAGGCGCUCCUUUAAAGCCGAAGCUGAAUCCAAAGAAGGCAAGAGCGUAUGGCCGAGGAAUUGAGCCACAUGGCAAUAUGGUCAAGCAACCUGCCAACUUUACUGUAGAUACUAUCAGUGCGGGCCAGGGAGAAGUAAUGGUCUUUGUGGAAGAUCCAGAAGGUAACAGAGAAGAGGCAAAAGUGACCCCCGACAAUGACAAGAACAAGACUUAUGCUGUUCAGUAUGUGCCAAAAGUUACAGGACAUCACAAGGUUUCAGUUCUGUUUGCUGGCCAGCACAUUGCGAAGAGCCCCUUUGAAGUCAAUGUUGACAAAGCCCAGGGAGAUGCCAGCAAAGUAACUGCUAAAGGGCCAGGUUUGGAAGCAACAGGAAAUAUAGCCAAUAAACCUACUUAUUUUGACAUUUACACAGCAGGGGCUGGUGUUGGUGACAUCGGUGUGGAUGUAGAAGACCCUCAAGGGAAGGACACUGUGGAAGCUGUGGUAGAAGAUAAAGGAAAUCAAGUCUACCGCUGCAUAUACAAGCCUCUUCAAGCUGGUCCUCACACCGUGAGAGUGGUGUUUGCUGGAGAGCAUGUUCCAAAAAGCCCCUGGAGUGUUCUUAUUGGAGAAGCCUGCAAUCCCAAUGCCUGCCGUGCCAGCGGUAGAGGCCUUCAACCUAAAGGAGUUCGGAUCAGAGAAACUGCAGACUUCAAGGUUGAUACAAAAGCGGCAGGGAGUGGAGAUCUCCAUGUAGCCAUAAAAGGGCCAAAAGGCUUGGAGGAACUUGUGAAACAAAAGGAAUUUAUGGAUGGCGUAUAUGCAUUUGAGUAUUACCCAACAACCACAGGGAAAUACAUUGUGACAAUCUUAUGGGGAGGCCACAACAUCCCCAAAAGUCCUUUUGAAGUUCAAGUAGGGCCUGAAGCUGGUCCUCAGAAAGUAAGAGCCUGGGGGCCAGGCCUUCAUGAAGGAGUUGUUGGUAAAUCUGCUGACUUCGUGGUAGAAACCAUUGGUCCAGAAGUUGGAUCUCUAGGCUUUGCCAUUGAAGGUCCAUCUCAAGCAAAAAUUGAAUGUGAUGAUCAGAAUGAUGGCUCAUGUGAUGUGAAAUACUGGCCCAAAGAGCCUGGUGAAUAUGCUGUUCAUAUCAUGUGUGAUGAUGAAGAUAUCCAAGACAGCCCUUACAUGGCACAUAUUCAGCCAUUUUCUCUAGACUUCAAUUCAGACAAGGUAAAAGCCUAUGGUCCAGGUCUAGAGAAAACUGGCUGCAUUGUGAACAAUCCUGCAGAGUUCAGUGUUGACACAAAGGAAGCUGGAAGUGCUCCUCUGAAGAUAUAUGCACAAGAUGGGGAAGGAAAUCCUAUUGAUAUCCAUUCGAAGAGCAAGCCAGAUGGCAUCUAUGCUUGCUCUUACAUGCCAACCAAACCAAUCAAGCACACAAUUGCUGUUACUUGGGGAGGAGCAAAUGUGCCCCAAAGCCCCUACAGGGUCCAGAUUGGACAAGGCAGUCAUCCUCAGAAGGUCAAAGUUGUUGGACCUGGGGUCGAGAGAACUGGUCUGAAAGCAAAUGAACCUACUCACUUCACUGUAGACUGCACGGAGGCAGGAGAAGGUGAUGUCAGUGUGGGCAUUAAAUGUGAUGCUCAUGUGAUAAGUGACGAAGAGCAAGACAUAGACUUUGGCAUCAUACCCAAUGCUAAUGAUACAUUCACAGUGAAGUAUACACCACCUGCUGCUGGACGUUAUACUGUCAAAGUGCUGUUUGCUGGAGAGGAAAUACCUACCAGCCCUUUCAGGGCGAAAGUAGAACCCUCACAUGAUGCAAGCAAGGUGAAAGCUGAAGGGCCUGGACUAAGUAAAACUGGUGUGGAAAAUGGGAAGCCAACACACUUCACUGUGUUCACAAAAGGUGCUGGGAAAGCCCCUCUGGAUGUUCAGUUCAGUGGACCCAUGGCUGAAGAUGCUGUCAAAGAUUUGGACAUCAUUGACAACUAUGACUAUUCCCACACUGUAAGAUACACUCCAAUACAACAGGGUAGCAUGAAAGUUCUGGUGAACUAUGGUGGUGAUCCAAUCCCUCGAAGCCCUUUCUCUGUGGGUGUUGCCGCUCCACUUGACCUGAGUAAAAUUAAGAUUAAUGGCCUGGAAAACAGAGUUGAAGUAGGGAAGGAUCAAGAAUUUCUGAUUGACACAAAAGGAGCUGGUGGACAGGGCAAACUUGAUGUGGCUAUCUUCAGCCCCACUAGGAAAGCUUUACCAUGCUUAGUGGAGCCAGUUGUUGGCAAAGAAUGCAGCACUGCAAAGUAUAUUCCAAGGGAAGAAGGCCUUUAUGUGGUUGAUGUAAGUUACGAUGGUAAUCCAGUCCCAGGAAGCCCUUACACUGUAGAAGCCACUCUGCCACCAGACCCAUCCAAGGUGCGAGCUCAUGGUCCAGGCCUUCAAGGAGGCCUUGUAGGGAAACCAGCAGAAUUUACAAUAGAUACCAAAGGAGCUGGAACUGGUGGCUUAGGAUUGACAGUUGAAGGGCCGUGUGAAGCCAAAAUAGAGUGCUCUGAUAAUGGCGAUGGAACCUGCUCGGUCUCUUACCUGCCCACUAAACCUGGUGAAUACCUUGUGAACAUCCUUUUUGAAGAAGUCCACAUUCCUGGCUCCCCUUUUAAAGCAGACAUUGAAAUGCCAUUUGAUGCUUCAAAAGUAAUUGCCACAGGCCCUGGCCUUGAACGUGGUAAAGUGGGGGAAGCUGGAUUGCUCAAUGUGGAUUGUUCAGAAGCUGGGCCGGGGAAGCUGGAUAUGGAAGCUGUGUCUGACUUGGGCUCUAAAGCUGACGUUGAGGUCCAAGAUAAUAAAGAUGGUACCUAUGCAGUUACAUAUGUGCCCCUUUCUGCUGGGAUGUACACACUCAAGAUGAAAUACGGUGGAGAGCCAGUGCCGAACUUCCCUGCACAAGUCAAAGUUGAUCCAGCUGUGGACACAAGCAAAAUCAAAGUGUUUGGGCCAGGAAUUGAAGGGAGAGAUGUCUUCCGUGAAGCCACAACAGAUUUCACUGUAGAUGCAACGCCCUUGACAAAAACUGGUGGAGACCAUAUCAAAGCUCAAAUUGUAAAUCCCUCUGGAGCUUCUACAGACUGCAUUGUCAAAGACAAUGCUGAUGGGACGUAUGCAGUUGAGUUCACUCCUUAUGAAAGAGGCCCUCACACAGUUGAAGUGACCUAUGAUGAUGUGCCUGUGGCAAACAGUCCUUUCAAAGUUGAUGUCACCGAAGGCUGUCAUCCUUCUCGUGUGCUGGCCCAAGGAAGUGGGCUAAAGGAAGCCUUCACAAAUAAGCCAAAUCCAUUUACUGUUGUCACUCGAGGGGCAGGAAUUGGUGGCCUUGGAAUAACAGUUGAAGGGCCUUCAGAAUCCAAAAUAAGCUGUAAAGAUAACAAAGAUGGCAGCUGUAGUGCAGAAUAUAUCCCUUAUGCCGUGGGAGACUAUGAUGUCAACAUAACUUAUGGAGGUGAACACAUCCCUGGCAGUCCAUUUAAGGUUCCUGUGAAAGAUGUGAUUGAUCCCUACAAGGUGAAGGUUGCAGGACCAGGUCUGGGUACAGCAGUUCGUGCCAAAAUCCCCCAGUCCUUUACUGUGGAUACUAGUAAGGCUGGAAUAGCACCCCUUGAAGUUAUGGUGACGGCACCUAGAGCUGAUGAAACGGAUUCCCAGUCAUGGCGCAGUCCACUGAAAGCAAUUACAGAGUUCUUUAAAGGUGACCCACAGGGUGAAUCUAAUGAGACAGGCUUGGCAGAACCUGUUAAUGUCAUUGACAAUGGUGAUGGCACUCACACAGUGGCAUACACACCUACCCAAGAAGGGCCCUACACAAUUGCAGUAAAAUAUGCAGAUGAAGAGAUUCCUCGGAGCCCUUUCAAAGUAAAAGUGCUUCCAACAUAUGAUGCCAGUAAAGUGACAGCUAAUGGGCCUGGCCUUAGCUCUCAUGGGAUUCCAGCCAGCAUGCCUACUGAAUUUGCUGUUGAUGCUAAAGAUGCAGGCCAAGGACUUCUCUCAGUACAUGUAAUGGAUCAAGAUGGAAAACCAAAGAGAGCUGACAUCCAUGACAAUAAAGAUGGUACUUAUGCAGUAACCUAUAUUCCUGACAAGACUGGUCGCUAUUCAGUUGGUGUUAAAUAUGGGGGGGAUGAUAUUCCCCUUUCUCCGUAUAGAGUUCGUGUGUCACCAGCAGGAGAUGCCAGCAAGUGUCUAGCAACAGGUCCUGGCAUUGCAGCCACUGUGAAGACAGGAGAGGAAGUGGGCUUUGUAGUAGAUGCUAAAUCUGCAGGGAAGGGUAAAGUGACAUGUAUGGUCCUGACCCCAGAUGGUACAGAAGCUGAAGCAGAGGUCAUUGAAAAUGAAGAUGGAACAUAUGACAUUUACUACACAGCUGCUAAACCUGGAACUUAUGUAAUUUAUGUCCGCUUUGGUGGAGUGGAUAUUCCAAACAGUCCCUUCACUGUUAUGGCUACAGAUGCAGAUGAAGUUGCAGUAUUAUCUCAGGAACCAUUAAAUGCAGCCUGCCCCCCUGGAUUCCAGCCCUGGGUCACAGAAGAAGCUUAUGUUCCUGAUGGUGACAUGAAUGGUGUGGGGUUUAAACCCUUCGAUAUGGUUAUUCCAUUUGCAGUAAGAAAAGGAGAAAUAACUGGAGAAGUGCAUAUGCCUUCAGGAAAGACUGCAGCACCAGAUAUUGUGGAUAACAAGGAUGGCACAGUAACAGUUAGAUAUGCUCCUGUUGAAGUUGGGUUGCAUGAAAUGCAUAUCAGAUACAUGGGUAACCAUAUUCCAGAGAGCCCACUACAAUUCUAUGUGAACUAUCCAAACAGUGGAAAUGUGACUGCUUAUGGACCUGGCCUGGUCUAUGGUGUAGCAAACAAACCAGCAACCUUCACCAUAGUCACAGAAGAUGCUGGUGAAGGUGGCUUAGACCUGGCAAUUGAAGGGCCCUCAAAAGCAGAGAUCAGUUGCAUUGAUAACAAGGAUGGCACCUGUACAGUCACCUACCUGCCAACGCUUCCAGGAAACUACAGCAUAUUGGUCAAGUACAAUGACAAACACAUCCCAGGAAGCCCAUUCACUGCCAAAAUCACAGAUGACAGUAGGAGACGUUCCCAAGUUAAGCUUGGCUCUGCUGCGGACUUCCUGUUGGACAUCAAUGAGACUGAUCUUAGCCUUUUGACAGCUAGUAUUAAAGCCCCAUCUGGCCGUGAUGAACCUUGUCUUCUGAAAAGAUUACCAAAUAACCACAUUGGUAUCUCAUUCAUUCCACGGGAAGUGGGAGAGCACUUGGUCAGUAUUAUGAAGAAUGGAAGUCAUGUGCCUAAUAGCCCAGUGUCUAUUAUGGUGGUCCAAUCUGAAAUUGGUGAUGCAAGUAGAGCAAGAGUGUCUGGACGCGGCUUGGUAGAAGGACGCACGUUUGAAAUGUGUGACUUCAUUGUAGAUACAAGAGACGCAGGUUAUGGUGGGAUAUCCCUAGCAGUUGAAGGACCUAGCAAAGUAGAUAUCCAGACUGAAGAUCUGGACGAUGGAACUUGCAGAGUAUCAUAUUUUCCAACUGUUCCUGGUGUUUACAUAGUGUCCACCAAGUUUGCUGAUGAGCAUAUCCCAGGGAGCCCAUUUACUGUGAAAAUAAGUGGUGAAGGAAGGGUGAAGGAAAGCAUCACGCGUACCAGGCGUGCUCCCUCUGUGGCAACUGUUGGAAGCCUGUGUGAUCUUAAUUUGAAAAUACCAGUUACAUGGUUCCAAAUGGCCAUAUGUCUGGAGAGACUGUCCUACCUUUCACACCAAUUCACUUCUACUUGCCUGUGUACUGAGCAGAAGGGAAACUGCCAGGCUCAGCUGAGAGGCCCUCGAUGUCCUAUUUUCACAGAUACCCCAUCUAGCAUCAGAAGACAAAGUUUCCAAUCUGUUUCUUUGUGGGAUCUGCAGAAUUAUUACAUACAUAGUUCAGUAGGGGUAGUGGAAAUUGAUGUUGGUGACAUGUCAGCACAUGUAACCAGCCCAUCAGGAAGGAUGACAGAUGCAGAAAUAGUAGAGCAUGAUAAAAACACAUACUGCGUUCGCUUUGUGCCACAAGAAAUGGGGGUCCAUACUGUUGAUGUGAAAUACAGAGGACAACAUGUUCCAGGCAGUCCGUUUCAGUUCACUGUUGGGCCACUUGGUGAAGGAGGAGCCAAUAAGGUCAGAGCUGGUGGCCCAGGACUUGAAAGAGCAGAGGCAGGCAUCCCAGCUGAAUUCAGUAUAUGGACGAGAGAAGCAGGAGCUGGAGGACUCUCCAUUGCAGUAGAAGGACCAAGUAAAGCAGAAAUUGCGUUUGAAGACCAUAAAGAUGGAUCUUGUGGUGUGUCGUACACUGCCCAAGAGCCUGGUAACUAUGAGGUGUCCAUCAAAUUCAAUGAUGAGCAUAUUCCAGAAAGUCCUUACCUGGUUCCUGUGAUCGCUCCUUCAGAUGAUGCUCGUAGGCUCACUGUUAUGAGCCUUCAGGAGUCUGGGUUGAAAGUUAACCAGCCAGCAUCCUUCGCCAUAAGGCUUAACGGGGCAAAGGGCAAGAUUGAUGCUAAAGUGCAUAGUCCAAUAGGAGCUGUGGAAGAAUGUCAUGUGUCUGAAUUGGAGCAAGAUAGAUAUGCUGUCCGUUUCAUUCCACGUGAAAAUGGUAUUCAUGCUAUUGAUGUGAAGUUCAAUGGAAGCCAUGUUGUCGGCAGUCCUUUCAAAGUCAGAGUUGGGGAGCCAGGUCAAGCAGAUAGCCCAGCACUUGUUACUGCCUACGGACCAGGCCUUCAGAGUGGUAUAACAGGGUUACAAUCUGCAUUUACUAUUGACACCACCAAAGCUGGUCCUGGUACCCUUGCUGUUACUAUUGAGGGGCCAUCAAAGGUGAAAAUGGAUUGCCAAGAAGCUCCAGAAGGCUACAAUGUAAUGUACACACCUAUGGCUCCAGGAAACUACUUAAUUGGAGUUAAAUAUGGAGGACCUAGUCACAUAGCUGGUAGCCCUUUUAAGGCAAAGGUUACAGGUCAGCGGCUGGUUAGCCCAGGCAUCUCAAAUGAAACUUCUUCCAUCAUGGUAGAAUCUGUGACCAGGUCAACAACAGAUACCUGCUACAGUGCCAUUCCCAAGUCUUCAUCUGAUGCAAGCAAAGUUACCUCCAGGGGUGCAGGACUUUCAAGAGCUUUUGUGGGUCAGAAAAACUCCUUUACUGUAGACAGCAGCAAAGCAGGUUCAAAUAUGUUGUUAGUUGGUGUCCAUGGACCUACAACGCCUUGUGAGGAAGUAUCUGUGAAGCACUUGGGAAACCACCAAUACAAUGUAACAUAUGUUGUCAAGGAGAAGGGUGACUAUAUUCUAGCUGUGAAGUGGGGUGAAGAACACAUUCCUGGAAGCCCAUUCCAUGUUACUGUUCCAUAAGACUGUCUUGUGUCAAACUCUACUUUUCCACAAAUGAAAUCUUUCAAUGAAAUACUGUGAGCAUCCUGUUGAGAAAUAUAGUAUCUUUCUGAAUACAGAUCACAUUUUUAAUACACCCCAAAUUUAAGUUCUAGAACUAUUUUUAAAGUGUUCUAUUUUGUCUUAAGUAUCAUUGUUAUACUGUAAUGUGUAAAUUGAAUGUCCUCUUCAUAUUGUACCUUUCUAAAUCAUUAAUACGCAAGAAUCAUGUAGUAAUGAAGGGCACAAUCCUUUUUGUGGAUUUUAGAAUUUACUUGCAAAACUGGAAUUUUUGUCUUGGCCAACUGGGUAUCUUAAACUACUGACUUGUGAUGGGCGUUUUUAGACUGGCAACUUUACAUUUAGCAAUAGCAUAUCACUUUGGGUGUUGCCGGUUGGUAGUGGUUUAAAGAAAUGAGGUAAAAACUAGUCCUUCUCAAUGUGCCUUUGUAUACUUGGUUGACUUAACAUCAAACAAUGAAAACACAUAAUAGUGUUACAGCUAAACACUAAAACACCCUUGCAGAAUGCUUGGCUGUUUACAUUUGGGAAAAGUGAACAUUGUUAUAUAUUUUUAAAGGAAACAAAAUUAUCAAAUCGGUUUCUGGAAGCUUUCAUCUCUAAUGCUCUGGUUAUGAUGUUGGUUUGCUUUAACCAUGAUUAUUGUUGACAGGAGGUGGAGUUAGGUUACUGUAGCAGAGAUGCAUCUUGCUGGGCACCUGAAGUCAUGAUCAUUUGAUAGGCUAGAUGAACCCUGCCUUAAGUCUUGUUCCAAGAGAGAGGUGCUUGUUUCUGUACACAACAAACUUAUUUAUGCUUUUGUGUAACUUGCAUAUUGGUUAUGAAGGCAAGAUGCUGAACUUGUGACACAAAGGCCUUAGUCUACUAUAAUGGUUCAAGAUUUGUGCUCAUGAUACACCUGGUGAUCUGAAAACUAACCUAGACAGUUAAUUAUUAGGAAGUCUGGCUAUUCCUAAUUAACUGGGCAGCUUAAUGGAGCUUACUAAGAGAAACUUAGUCCAAGAAGUUCCGUAAGGCUUACUAGUAUUGUUUGCCUUCCUUUCAUGCCCAAGUGUUUAUCCCCUUCAUUGUUCAGAAUAAGGAAAUGAGCACACUGCCUGCAUAACUUUCAAAAUGACUAAGGUUUUUCAACAUUCCAAACAUGCAACAAACAGCUACUACAAAGCGGCUGUGACUUUUAACAUUUUUCCCUCUGAGCUUUAAGUGUGUGUGUGUGUGUGUGUGUGUGUGUGUGAGAUGGAAGAAGACACUUAAUGGGAAAAAUGUUGUUCCUUCCCCUCUGUCUAGUAAGAUUCCUACUUGGUCAGCUAUUAUUUUUGUAGUUUGUAUAUUCAAUGCACUAAGUCCAAGCACAGCUUUUGGGGUAAGGGUGAGAAUAGAGUAACAUGACUUUUUUACUGUGCUGUUUGCCUUAAUGUGAAAUACUCACUACAUUGGAAACUAAAGGAAAAGCAAAAAUAAACUGGAAUAAAUGCAAGAUUGUAAUAUUGUAUCUCAUAACUUAUUAAAACCAUGAAUGUUUGCUUCAUGAAAUAAAACAUGCAUGUUAAAACCAA